GACGAUGAUGCCGGAGGGUUCGCGGUCUUGUUGCUUCUGCGGCUCUCUUCCUGCGAUGAACGAAGGAAGGGAAGAGAGCGAGACCACGGUGGACCGAGGAUGGACGAGGACCGAGACUUGGGCAGACAGUGAAUGAAGGAACGUGUGAAAGAGAUUACCGGAUAUGUGGCACAAGUACGGGCGACUCUCUUGACUUCACGGCUCGCGGUUUAGAAAUCGUUUAAGGUUCCACAAAACAAUUGGAUCGACGCGGAGAAUUGUUGUUCGCUGGACGGCGAGCAGGAAAGCAGUGAAGUUCGAAGCGGUUAAGGUUCUCGAGGAUGGACACUGGAUGGAUUGAUUAUUGGUUCUUGAGAAUGGACGCUAGAUACGAUGGAUUAUUGGUAAAUCUAGUAACUGUUUCUAAAUAUUAUUGAGCUCGUGGAAUGAUUGCGUCAAAGGAAAUGGAGUGAUCAAGGCUCUUGAGAAAGGACACUAGAUAAUAGAUUGAUUAUUGGGUCACGAGGGCAGGGUACCUAGUUGCUAAUCAGGACAAUCAGAGGACUGAUCGACGCAGGUAGCGGAAGCGGUGGCGUAUCAAAGGCGGUACUAGUUCGAGUCUCUCUUUAAUGUAGGUUACCACCGAGAUCCCAAUUCGACGAGUUCAUCGCGGCUUGCCCAAAGACCACCGAGCCUUCAGGAUGGAAAUACCCCACAGGCUACGAUAUACGAUGCCGUCGAAAAAAGGGCACCAAGAGAAAUGUCGGUCCGCGAGAAGGAGGCGAGACCGGGCCGCUGUUCCUGCCGCGCCCGUGACGAAGCAGCGAGCCUGAACGACAUCGCGAAAAUCAUCGCCGCGUUAAACCAUAAAAUUCUGGGCUUACGAAACGAGGUUAACGCGUUCAAAAAUGUCGGCGACGAAAAGAAAUCGCUGGUGGGGAAGAACGCGCGCGGUCACCUGCUCGCUGGCUGUUACGAAACAGAAUCCGGUGCACAACCGAUCGUUUCGGGAACAGCUGUGACCCACGUGGUUCCCUUUCGAAGUAAUUCCAUGGUCAAUUAUAAAUUGCAGCGAGAACGAACCGACGACGUUGGCAUCUUAGCCGGCAUCCUCGAAAAUCGGAUAAACGACAGCACGUACCGUGAUCUAAUUAGCGAAGAGUUACAGAAAAUCGGCAAGAUCUCGCGAGCAACGCAGUGCGAUCUCACGAUGGGACGCAGGAUUCGAGAUGUCUUUAAUUGUUUUAAAAUUGCGUCUAUAAUCGAGGAGAAUAAAUUUUGGAAACGAGGCAAAGAGGUGGGAUGCAGGAAGAGGAGUAAUCGUGUGUCCUUUGAUCCUGAGGAGGAAAUGUUCGGAAGCGUGGAACAGGAUUCCGAGGACGAUGAAAGUCUUCGGAUGGAUUUUCAGGAAGAUUUGGAUGGGACGAUUGAUUGGACGUUAGAGUCGGUUAAAAUUGAGCAGAAGAAAGGGAGGUUGACGCGGCUGAGAGGGAUGCAAGAGAAUAAAAUUGACAUUGAUCUGAAUAAGGGUAGAACCACCCUGCGGAAGGACGAUGAGGGUGGAGAUUCGGAUUUUGAGUACUCGGUAACGGGUAGAAUGAGCGGGGGAGCAGAGUUCCGCGGGAAUCGUUUAAUUUCGGACUUCGGAGAGAAAAUUCAGAAGAUUUGUUUAUACAAAACCGUGAAGUUCGACGCGAAGAACGUGAGACGACGAUUGGACGCCUGUAUAGCCGAGUUGAAUGGAAUAAUUGACGAUAUUAUUCUGAUUUUUCCGGACCGGAAUGCUUCUACCAUUUAAAGAAUUCAUAAUAAAAGAAAAUGGCGUCGAGGGAAGAUAUUCUUUGGUUUUAACGACUAGCUGGAGUUAAACGCUGAGACAAAUAGCUGGGAAAUUAA